UAAAAGUUCAUGAUUUGCUACCCUUCUCUUAUCUCCGGCCUCCAUCUUUCACUAUUCUUUAUUCACCAAUUAUGAUAGUAAUGGCAAACCGCAUGAGAAUGCUGCUAUUAACCCUUUCCACUAUCAUAACAAUCAACUUCUCAUUAUCAUCAACAAUUUCUAAAGUUUCUAAAGAACAAAUACCAUGCACAAUGUGCUAUUCCUGUGACAAUCCUUGUCAGCCUUUACCAUCGCCGCCUCCACCUGCUAUCCCUGAGUGUCCACCGCCUCCUCCCCCACCUUCUCCACCGCCACCAGCUAUCCCCGAGUGUCCACCGCCACCAGCUCCUAUUAAUGAGUGCCCUGCGUGUCCAACACCACCGACACCAUUUCCGCCUGUGCUACCGCCUAAGCAGUCGUAUUGGCCGGGUGCUGGCUAUUCCUUUAAUGGACCACCAGCUGGUUACGGGAACAAUCCAGUGCCUUACUUUCCAUUUGACAAUAACAACCCACCACCUUCUUUCUCUUUCAAAUCCGUUCAUUUGAAGCUGCAGUCCAUUGUUCUCUGUAUUUUUCUUUCGCUUACUUUUAUAUGCUUCUUCUAAAAUUAACCUCUUAGGCAGCUUGGAACUCAGAGGAGAGGAAAUUCCAUUUAACAAAGCAGCAGGCCCCGGAACUGCUAAUCUAAAAGAAGAAAUAUGGCUUAGCGCUUGGCAGUCAAUUCUAUAUAUGAAGGAUUUUUCUGUUUCCUGCCCCCUGUAAUUGUUCAAUAAAUAUUCAUGCAUGUUAUACAUAUUUAAGAUAGUGAAAUACAUAAAUCUGUAAUCCCAAAUGCGAAUUUAGCAUGUAAUUUUCAUUCCUCACAUCAAUCCAGUUCAUGCGUGUGUUUGACUGUAA